AUGAAGACCUCUUUGUUUGCCAUUUUUAUCUGCAUAUCACGCGUUCUUUCGAGAUAUGCUUAUGAUACAGGAUUUAGUGAUACUUUUGAUCCUAUUUCAAAAGAAACUUUCGAACUUGGUUAUUCUGAGGAAACUGAACCUACCUCGGAUUUUGAGUUUGUAAAUUCAUUGUCCGAGCUAGAUAAAAGUGCUAUCAAGGUACUUAAUAAGCUUCAAGUUGGAUUACAAGAUGGACGACAUGAUAAACAGCAUGAUUUGGUAUUACGAUCAUUUUUAUAUGGACUCAAACCUGGCUUUACUAAACAGGAAUGUAUGGAGUUAUCAAAAAAGUGCUGUUCUAUUCUUGAAACUAAAAAGAAAGAAAAUUCUUCUUUGAAUAGUUUAUACUCUUUGUGUCCACCCAACGAAUCUAUUUGCAAAGAAGAAACAGAUAAAUGUUGUGAUCUACAAGACUUUUGUAAAGAUAUUUUAACGGAUUCAUGUAAAACGGUGAAGAAAAAGUGUUUAGAAUUAAAUAAACCUGCUCCUACGGAAUUACCCGUUGAAGCAGAUUUUACUAAGACUCAUACUGUACUUACUGUAUCAACAGUAGUGGUAACAGAAACAGCACAGUAUACACAUACUUAUAUAAGAACAUUAAUAAAGACAAAAACAUGUUGUUUGGGUAGGCCUACAAAAACAACACUAGAAGAAUCAACACUUGAGCCAGAGACUACUGAAGAGCCUGAACCUACUGAAGAGCCAGAACCUACUGAAGAGCCUGAACCUACUGAAGAGCCUGAACCUGCUGAGCCAACAUCUGAUGAAGAAGUGUCUGAAAAGCCAGAGCCAGAGCCUACGCAUGAGGAGCCGAAUACCGAAGAUCAAGAUACUGAAUCUCUUUGUUCAAUUACAGAAACAGUGACGGUGACAUUCUCACCUGAAGGAUCUUUGACUCCAGCCGAAAAAGGUCACGGUGUUCGUGUAGAUGGAUUCCAGAAGGCAGGGUUGAUUUGUGCAAUUAUAGGGAUGAUAUUAGGAGUAUGGAUAAUUGUUUAA